UCUCUCUCUCCUCCCUGUUUGCAGAUCCUGUCAUCCGUGAUGGCGUCGGCUCUGCCCAGAACCCUGGGGGAACUGCAGCUGUACCGAAUACUGCAAAAAGCGAAUCUCCUGUUCUACUUCGAUGCCUUCAUUCAGCAGGGUGGUGACGACGUCCAGCAGCUCUGCGAAGCGGGCGAAGAGGAGUUUUUGGAGAUAAUGGCUCUGGUAGGCAUGGCUAGCAAGCCGCUUCACGUCCGAAGGCUGCAGAAGGCUUUGAGGGACUGGGUGACAAACCCUGGUCUCUUCAACCAGCCUCUCACCUCCUUACCGGUCAGCAGCAUCCCGAUCUACAAGCUGCCAGAGGGGUCUCCUGCGUGGCUGGGGAUAUCCUGCAGCAGCUACGAAAGGAACAGCGGCACCCGAGAGCCUCACCUGAAGAUCCCGAAAUGCGCUGCCACGACGUGCGUGCAGAGCGUGGGCGCGAGCAAGUCCGACGUGGCGGGGGGCGUGUGUUGAAAUGCCGGCGGCGAGCCGAGACUCUGGCAGGGACACCACACCACGGAGAGCGAGCACAGCCUUUCCCCGGCUGACCUCGGCUCUCCGGCUUCACCAAAGGAAAACAGCGAGACCCUGGAUGCCGCCGCCGCGCUGUCGGUCGCCGAGUGCGUGGAACGAAUGGUUCCCUCCCUGCCCAAAAGUGACUCGAACGAAGUCAAGGAGUUACUGAAAACAAAUAAGAAACUGGCAAAGAUGAUUGGUCACAUCUUUGAGAUGAGUGACGAGGACCCUCACAAAGAGGAGGAGAUCAGGAAGUACAGUGCAAUAUAUGGCAGGUUUGACUCGAAAAGAAAGGAUGGCAAGCACCUCACCCUCCACGAGCUAACAGUUAACGAAGCAGCCGCUCAGCUGUGCGUAAAAGAUAACGCGUUGUUGACCAGGAGAGACGAACUCUUCGCGCUAGCUCGGCAAAUCUCUCGAGAAGUUACCUACAAGUAUACUUACAGGACCACCAAGUCUAAAUGUGGAGAAAGGGACGAGCUGUCACCGAAGAGGAUCAAGAUAGAGGAUGGUUAUCCUGAUUUCCAGGACACAGUCCAGACACUCUAUCAGCAAGACAAAAUGCCACUUGCUUUGGCUAAAGGGAAGAGUGAAGACUCGACAGCUCUUAAUUCCCAGUCGGAAAAGGUGAUGGCAAAACAGAUGGAGUUUCUCUGCAACCAGGCUGCGCUGGAGAGGCGUCUUUCCACGGGGUGUUACAGGCAGAACUGGGAAGAGCACAGCCCCAACGGCAUGUCGCUGGAUACUGCCGACGGACAAGGUGAAAGACCGCUGAAUCUCCGCGUGUCAAAUCUGCCGAGCAGACAGUUGCAGCACAUUCCGCUUGAUGGAGAGCAGCACGCUGGAAAACCCCUGUGCAGCGACCUGAUCCGGCUUUACCCCAGCGGUGAGGCAAAGUCCCAGUCCUCGGAAGGCCUUGGUAUUUUAAAGGAUUUUCCUCAUUCGGCUUUUAACAACAUAGAAAGGAAGGUCAUUAAAACAGAACCUGAAGACACAAGAUAGUCGCUCUGCUCUGGAAAACGGGGUCGUAGUAAAGAACGAAACUUCACAAGAGAGAAAAAAAAACCAGCCUUAAUAACCAGUGUUGCCUCAUUCAAAUAAGAGAUUUCAAUAGCCAAAGCCUAAGAACUGGUACAGUAAUCUGUGGAAACAGGAAAGCGAGAGACACUGCAAACUAAAUCAGUAAUACA